ACUUGCGCUUUGUGAUUGGUCCGGUGGCUUCUGGGAUCUGUCAUGUGUCCCAGGUACUAACUUACCAUUCACAAAAAGCACCGCUUCUUGCGCAUGCGCACUUGGCACCCGGCUCUCAAGCCCAGCGCCCACACUACAGAAGCCGGGAAGACAGCGCGCCGCUGGAUGAAGGAACAGGUAAGGUCCCGCUGCAGAGCUGAGCGGCUGGCCCGGUAUUCUGACAUGGCGGUGGUGGAAAUACCAGACCAGCCGCUCCAUAUUCGCUCCAUAAGACGCACUGAC